AUGCCGGUGAUGGAGAAGGCGUUAGAGCGAUAUGGAGUCACGCACCGCUUGUCUACCACGUAUCAUCCGCAGACGAGCGGUCAAGUAGAGAACGCGAAUCGAGGAGUGAAGAGGAUUUUAGAGAAAACGGUCGGGAAGAGUCGGAAAGAUUGGUCCGACAAGUUAGAUGAUGCGUUAUGGGCAUUCCGCACCGCCUACAAAACGCCGCUAGGUACGAUGCCGUUUAUGAUCGUUUAUGGGAAAGCGUGCCAUUUACCGGUCGAGUUAGAGCAUCAGGCUCUUUGGGCACUCAAAACGGUGAAUUUAGAUUUGACCGAGGCUGCUAGGAGAAGAUACUUCCAAAUUCAUGAAUUGGAAGCCCUUAGGGAUGCGGCGUAUGAGCGUUCGUGGAGUAUUAAGGAGAAAACGAAGGCGUUGCAUGAUCGGAAGCUUAAGGUGUUGAAGGAGUUCAUGGUUGGUGAUAAAGUGCUUCUCUACAAUUCGAGGUUUAAAUUGUUUCCCGGGAAGUUGAAGUCGAAGUGGACGGGACCGUAUGUUGUGAAGGAAGUGUUUCCGCAUGGUGCGAUCGAGCUUUACAAUAAGGAGAGUGACGAGUCGUGGAAAGUGAAUGGCCACCGGUUGAAGCAUUAUUUAGGAGGGCCUAUUGACAACGUCGAGAAGGAGGAAACUCCUCUCGAAGAUCUUCCGAACACCACCACGUAG